AUCUCACUGUUAUCCAUCAGUCAGAAAGCAAGCAAGCAAGUGAACACAAGUCAACCGCUCGGAAAAUCGUUACAAAUAUCUUCAAAGAUAUCGAAAUAUUACUCGAUUCGUUCAUCUGAGUUAAGUGAAAAAGUAUCAGAUCUAAAUAUCAUGGUUCUCCUACCGACCAUUCUGUUCAGUGAUUUGUGGGAUGGCUGCCUGGACAGUCCCAUCCGAUCAUCCCAAAUCAGAUGCCAACACCUCGACAGACAACCGUUUCCUGGAGGUUUUCUGGUAACGUUCGACGACGCGCCCAAAAAGUGUGAUCGAAAGCCAUGCUGUCGAACUCCAAGCCAGCGCAAAAACGAAGGAAACAAGCAAGAAGCAGCGGAUAAAGCACCCACGAACUUCCAGGUCAAUUUGAAUGUCCAGGAAUUCCAGCCGGAAGAUAUAUCGGUGAAGGCAACCAGUCAGUUCGUUAUUGUGGAAGCAAAGCACGAGGAGAAGGAUGCUGAAAAUGGUUACGUGUUGAGGCAGUUUGUUCGUCGAUACCGAAUUCCGGAAGGGCACGAUAGCGACAGGAUAGAAUCGACUCUAUCGUCCGAUGGAGUGCUAACGAUUUCUGCGCCAGUUUUGGCACUCCCCGCACCGGAGAAGGAACAUUCAGUGAUGGUUAACCAUGUAAAAGUAUCGACAGCAGACGAGAAACAAUGCACUAAGGAGAAUAAAAAUUAUACUCUCGAGGAUCUGGAUGAAUAGAUAUUGCAUUUUGCCUAUUCUAUGUACCUACGUCUAGUCCAAAAGAAAGUAUUUAAUUGGCAACUUUUUAUAAUGUUACAGAUAUUUAUUUAUUUCAAGACUGAAAAUAAAUAUUUUUUUUU